UGAGAACUGAAAACGUUAUCCACUUCCAGAGAGUGACACGUCGCGAAGCAAAUCCAGAUUUGAAAGCGCCAAUAAAAUCAAAUCGCAGCUUUACUUUCCCCAAAAUCAGAAUCACUUAAGUCAUGGCGAUCGCACCGGCAUUGCAGACGACGUUCGUGUCAUCUACCAACUUUCUCAAACAAUCGAGACCUUCUUCUUCUUCUUCUUCGUGGGGUUCUUCACCGAGCAAUGUGAUUCUUCCCAGAAACAAGAGAUCGUCCUCUUCUUCCUCCGUAGUUGUUGCCGCUGUCGGUGAUGUCUCUUCCGACGGAACCAUCUACUUGAUCGCCGGAGCCGCCGCCGUCGCGCUCGUCGGGACGGCUUUCCCUAUCCUCUUCAAACGCACCGACACGUGUCCGGAAUGUGACGGAGCAGGAUUUGUGAGGAAGCAGGGAGCUACUUUGAGGGCGAACGCGGCACGCAAGGAUCAAGCUCAGAUCGUUUGCUCUAACUGCAAUGGUCUCGGAAAGCUUAACCAGAUCGAUAAAUAACUCUCUCUCUUUUUUUCUCUCUUCAUAAUAAUAAUAUGUAAAAAACAACACUUCACCUUUACUCUUCUUCUUCUUCUUCUUCUUCUUCUUCUCUGCAAUAUACUCUGCAAGUCUUCUUCCUGAAACCAUAAGAGAAUAUUCUAUCCGCGAUAGCUUGGAAUGAUUAGCUGUUUGUGCUUGUCUUUAAGUUUCUUUGCUCUGGCAUAAGAGAAUAUUAAAUGUUUUACACGUAAUAUUAAUGACCAUCUGG